GAGUCAGGUGGUUGACUUGUGCCUGGCUGCAGUAGCAGCGGCAUCUCCCUUGCACAGUUCUCCUCCUCGGCCCGCCCAAGAGUCCACCAGGCCAUGGACGCAGUGGCUGUGUAUCAUGGCAAAAUCAGCAGGGAAACCGGCGAGAAGCUCCUGCUUGCCACUGGGCUGGAUGGCAGCUAUUUGCUGAGGGACAGCGAGAGUGUGCCAGGCGUGUACUGCCUAUGUGUGCUGUAUCACGGUUACAUUUAUACAUACCGAGUGUCCCAGACAGAAACAGGUUCUUGGAGUGCUGAGACAGCACCUGGGGUACAUAAAAGAUAUUUCCGGAAAAUAAAAAAUCUCAUUUCAGCAUUUCAGAAGCCAGAUCAAGGCAUUGUAAUACCUCUGCAGUAUCCAGUUGAGAAGAAGUCCUCAGCUAGAAGUACACAAGGUACUACAGGGAUAAGAGAAGAUCCUGAUGUCUGCCUGAAAGCCCCAUGAAGAAAAAUAAAACACCUUGUACUUUAUUUUCUAUAAUUUAAAUAUAUGCUAAGUCUUAUAUAUUGUAGAUAAUACAGUUCGGUGAGCUACAAAUGCAUUUCUAAAGCCAUUGUCGUCCUGUAAUGGAAGCAUCUAGCAUGAUGUCAAAGCUGAAAUGGACUUUUGUACAUAGUGAGGAGCUUUGAAAUGAGGAUUGGGAAAAAGUAAUUCCAUAGGUUAUUUUCAGUUAUUAUAUUUACAAAUGGGAAACAAUUUAAAGGAUAAUGAAUACUUUAUAAAGGAUUAAUGUCAAUUCUUGCCAAAUAUAAAUAAAAAUAAUCCUGUUUUUGUGAAAAGCUCCAUUUUUAGUGAAAUAUUGUUUUAUAGCUACUAAUUUUAAAAUGUCUUGCUUGAUUGUAUGAUGGGAAGUUGGCUGGUGUCCCUUGUCUUUGCCAAGUUCUCCACUAGCUAUGGUGUCAUAGGCUCUUUUGGGAUUUUUGAAGCUGUAUACUGUGUGCUAAAACAAGCACUAGACAAAGAGUGAAGGAUUUAUGUUUAAUUCUGAAAGCAUCCUUCUUGCCUAGUGUUCUGAUGUUGGACAGUAAAAUCCACAGACCAACCUGGAGUUGAAAAUCUUACAAUUUAAAAUAUGCUGUAAACAUGUUUAUUGUAUUCGAUGCUACAGGAUUUGAAAUUGUAUUACAAAUCCAAUGAAAUGAGUUUUUCUUUUCAUUUACCUCUGCCCCAGUUGUUUCUACUACAUGGAAGACCUCGUUUUGAAGGGAAACUUCAGCAGCUGCAGCUCAUGAAUAACUGAUUUGUAACCAGCCUCCUUUUAAAGUAACCCUACAAAACCACUGGAAAGUUUAUGGUUAUAUUAUUUUUAAAAAAAAUUCCAAGUGAUUGAAACCUACAUGAGAGUCAGAAUUUUAUGCGGCAUUUUCUUCUCACAUUUAUAUUUUUGUGAUUUUUGUGAUUGAUUAUAUGUCACUUUGCUACACGGCUCACAGAAUUCAUUCACUCAACAAACAUAAUAGGGCACUGAGGGCAUAGCAGUAAAAACACCUGGUCCCCGCUCUCAGUUCACUGUCUUGUUGGACGAGAAAACAAUAAUGAUAAAA